AUGGCCUUCAAAGUCGAACUCUGCGCCGAAGCCGACAUGGCACGCGCAUUCGAAAUCAUAAGCGAAGCAUUCGGCCAUGACCUUCCCUACAUCGACGCCACGUUCCCAUCACAUCCAACGACAGCUGGUCGCGCUAUUGGGACUUCAAGAUUAAUAGACAUGAUGAAGAACGAUCCAUGCACUACGUUUGUCAAAGUCGUGGAUACCGAGACGGGACUUAUGAUUGCGCAAGCGAAAUGGAAUAUCUACAAAGACACGAUACCGGAGGAGAAAGACUUGGAUGGCGAUUUCUGGGUAAAUGAGGACGAGAAAAGAUAUGCGCAGCUUCUAUAUCGUCAGUGGUUGAUUCCAAGACGUAAAGCUAUUCGGGAAAGUGGAGGGAAUCUCUUCUCACUUGAUCUUCUUACCGUGGAUCCAAAAUAUCAACGCCGCGGCGCCGGUCGUCUUUUGGUGAAAUGGGGGACUUCGCAAGCAGAUAAGCUCGGGUUGAAAUGCGUAGUCGAGUCGACAGAUCCUGGUUUCGGUCUUUAUAAGUCCGAAGGAUUCGAACAUUGUGGUGUUUGGGAGACAGAAUUACCAGAUGAGUGGAAAGAGAGCAGGAGAAAAGCGAAAUUUGUGUGGAUGGUUAGAGAACCCCAACCAGGACAACAAUGGUUGGCUUCAAGAUGUUUGCGGAAAUACUAG